GGAGGUGGGGCCCACUGGGGGGGAGUCUGAUUCUUUAAGCAAACUUUCAGGAGGUUUCCUUUCCCACUCCUGUGACGGAUCCAGACAAAAGGAGUUCGAAGGACUCCCCUGACAUUUCUGCCUGAAGCCAAGGCACUCAUCCAGCUGCCACCAUGUCUAGCAAACGUGCCAAGGGAAAGACCACCAAGAAGAGGCCUCAGAGGGCCACCUCCAAUGUCUUCGCCAUGUUUGACCAGUCUCAGAUCCAGGAGUUCAAGGAGGCGUUCAACAUGAUCGACCAGAACAGAGACGGCUUCAUUGAUAAGGAGGAUCUGCACGACAUGCUGGCUUCACUGGGUAAGAACCCCUCUGAUGAAUACCUGGAGGGGAUGAUGAGCGAAGCGCCAGGGCCCAUUAACUUCACCAUGUUCCUCACUAUGUUUGGAGAGCGACUCAACGGGACGGACCCCGAGGACGUCAUCCGCAACGCCUUCGCCUGCUUUGACGAGGAAGGGUCAGGCGUGAUCCACGAGGACCACUUGAGGGAGCUGCUGACUACCAUGGGUGACCGCUUCACGGAUGAAGAGGUGGACGAGCUAUUCCGAGAGGCGCCCAUCGACAAGAAGGGCAACUUCAACUACGCUGAGUUCACGCGCAUCCUCAAACACGGCGCAAAGGAUAAGGAUGAUGAGUAGUAGAGGGAGAUCUAGACCCCAUCCGGCCUCCUUUGUGCACACUGCACAACUCUAUUACCAGUUCCUCUCGGAAGAAUUCAUUAUCAGCUUAUUUCCUUGUAUUUUUGUAUCAUUUGAGAUUAAUGUGUUCAUUAAAGGCAGAUUCUUGGGAUCCAAAGAAUUACUCUGCUGUGCACAGCCUGUUUCUAUCAUCAUGUGACAGCUCUAAGCCUGCUUGGCUUCCACCCAGACUGCAGUUUGUUAUUCUAAGGGUCCGUAUUUGGGCCUUUAGAGAUGCAUCAAACAUCGGUGUGUGAAGGGACUGUUUGGACUUCCAUUAUCAGUGCUACAUAUCUGCCAGUUAGCUACCACACACACACAAGCACUGCAGUGAUGCCCCUUCUGUGAUCUCUAUGCUUGUAUGGUUUAAAAAUGAUUUUGACAAUCAAAAGGGGUGAUUGUUUCUUCCUCAUAAAACAGAAUAUAAUUGGCUGGCUAAAUGAAACCUUGCUCUGGCAGCUGGUUGAGUUCAAGUUUUGAGGGAUCAGAUGUGUUGUUGAAGGAAUUUUGUCUUAAAACUGCUCAGGCAAAUAAAGUGUUUAUAUGCAUCGUCAUUGUAUCGUCA